GCUGGGGGGUCUGUAGCUGGAGCGCCGGAGUAAGAGCAGGAUCAGCUGAACUACAGAAGAAAUGAAAAUGUUCUCCUAAAAUUCAUCACCAACAAACAGGAUAUUUAUCAAAGAGCAGUGUUAAACUGCUGAAAGAGGUGAAGCACAAGCUGUCCUGAAGAAUCUCCAGAACACGCAGAAAUUGUUUGAUACAUUUAACAGACAAAUAAAGCCAAGUCCUGACAUGGAGAAACAUCAAAACUCUGUCAAGAGUUUUACUAAACAGAGUACUCUCAAAAAUCACCAGCGCAUUCACACAGGAGAGAAACCGUAUCACUGCUCAGACUGUGGAAAGAGUUUUACUCAACAGAGUCAUUUCAAAACACACCAGCACAUUCACACAGGAGAGAAACUGUAUCACUGCUCAGACUGUGGAAAGAGAUUUACUCAACAGAGUAAUCUAAAAAAACACCAACGCAUUCACACAGGAGAGAAACCAUAUCACUGCUCAGACUGUGGGAAGAGUUUUAAUCAAGGCAGUCAUCUCCAAAUACACCAGCGCAUUCACACAGGAGAAAAAACAUAUCACUGCUCAGACUGUGGGAAGAGAUUUAUUGAACAGAGUACUCUCAAACGACACCAGCGCAUUCACACAGGAGAGAAACCGUAUUACUGCACAGACUGUGGGAAGAGUUUUAAUAGACUGGGGACUCUAAAACUGCAUCAGCGCAUUCACACAGGAGAGAAACCGUAUCACUGCUCCGAGUGUGGUAUGAGUUUUACUCAACAGAGUAAUCUCAAAAAACACCAGCGCAUUCACACAGGAGAGAAACCGUAUUACUGCUCAGACUGUGGUAUGAGUUUUACUCAACAGAUUCAACUAAAACUGCAUCAGCGCAUUCACACAGGAGAGAAACCGUAUUACUGCUCAGACUGUGGGAAAAGUUUUAAUCAACAGAGUACUUUCCAAAUACAUCAGCGUAUUCACACAGGAGAGAAACCGUAUUACUGCUCAGACUGUGGGAGGAAUUUUAAUCAUCAGAGUAAUCUCAAAAACCACCAGCGCAUUCACACAGGAGAGAAACCGCAUCAUUGCUCAGACUGUGGGAAGAGUUUUACUACACAGAGUAAACUCAAAAAUCACCAGCGCAUUCACACAGGAGAGAAACCGUAUUACUGCUCAGACUGUGGGAAGAGUUUUACUACACAGAGUAAACUCAAAAAUCACCAGCGCAUUCACACAGGAGAAAAACCGUAUCACUGCUCAGACUGUGGGAAGAGUUUUAAUCAACAGAGUCAUUUCAAAACACACCAGCGCAUUCACACAGGAGAGAAACCGUAUCACUGCUCAGACUGUGGGAAGAGUUUCACUACACAGAGUAAUCUCAAACGACACCAGCGAAUUCACACAGGAGAGAAAACUAUGGCACAUUUGUCCCACAGCAAUUAAAAGUGCAAAUCGUAAAUCUUUCAGACAGAACACCUUAUCCUACACAAAUGUUUCACUCUGUCACUUGGGACAUGUCCACCAAAAACAAACAUGAACUAAAUUUAAUCAUGGAUUUUACAGGUUCAGCAAAAUGAAUCUUAUCCAGGGAUGAUGUUUAUUGAAUUCCAUGUUGUGUUUUCUCGUAUGUUUAAUAUUCCAGGACAUUCUUUGUGAGACAGAGUUCAGUUCUGAAGAAGGAGAGGUAUUUUGGGUUUGAGUGAUGGACACUGAGAGCUCCCAAAAGUGAGACCCAGAGCCACAGAGAGACGACACUGUGCCGGGUACUGCCGUGUUGACUGGAGGAGCAUCCAGACCCCGCAGAGAGGCCAACAAAAUCCUUUCCAGAGGUUAAAUAAAACGGUCAGCCGUAGUUCCCAUACUGAAAUCAACCCCCUCCAGGCUUGUGUAGCGCAGUGAGGUUGUGGGCUCAUUCACUCCCUCUGAUGGUGUUCUCAUUUGUCUAUGGUUCACUCCGAUUAAAAAUCUGUUACCAUAGAAGGAUAUAGAUGGAUAUUUGGUUGUUGUAUUACUCAAGUUUUAUACUCGCUUAUCUUUUUCUUAUUGAAUAUUAUAUCUUGCUUAAGGUUUUUUAAUCUACAAAUUUACUAAGAAUAUCCAAAUCAAGUAGUUUUUUAAUUGUUUUUAUCUACUACAAACUAUUAUCUUUGUAUUGCUUCACCUCUAUAUUUACUCAUCUGUGUGUUUUAAUAAACGGCUUUUAUAUUGCA